AUGGCCACAGGAGACGGGGCGGGCCUGAGGCUGCCGCGGGCGGCUGAGCCGGGUGCAGAGGGGGAGCCACGUCCACCCGCCGGCCGGGAGCUGACCGAGGCCAGCCGCUUCACCUACGCCGCCCUCUGCGGCAUCUCCUUGUCCGAGCUCUUUCCAGAGCCCGAGCAAAGGUCCUUCUGCACGGACUUUGUGGCUGGCCUGGUGAAGUGGCUGGACCUGUCUGAAGCCGUCUUGCCUACCAUGACUGCUUUUGCCAGUGGUCUGGGGGGCGAAGGAGCAGACAUGUUUGCUCAGGUGUUGUUGAAGGACCCCGUCUUGAAGGAUGACCCCCUGGUGAUCACUCAGGACCUUCUGAGCUUCUCACUCAAGGAUGGACGCUACGAUGCUCGGGCCCGCGUCCUCAUCUGCCACAUGGCCUCCCUCCUCCGAGCGCCCUUGGAGGAGCUGGACCUCCUGGAAGAGACCUUCCUCGAGAGCCUGAAGGAAACCAAAGAGGAGGACUCUGACACGGCGGAGGCAUCCCGGAAGAAGAAGGAGAACAGGAGGAAGUGGAAGCGCUACCUGCUGAUAGGCCUGGCGACCGUGGGAGGCGGGACGGUGAUUGGCGUCACUGGGGGCCUGGCCGCUCCUCUCGUCGCAGCCGGGGCCGCCACCGUCAUCGGCAGCGCCGGGGCCGCGGCUCUGGGCUCAGCAGCCGGCAUCGCCAUCAUGACCUCGCUGUUCGGCGCAGCUGGAGCCGGCCUGACAGGAUACAAGAUGAAGAAGCGUGUUGGGGCCAUUGAAGAGUUCGCGUUUCUGCCCCUGACGGAAGGAAGGCAGCUGCACAUCACCAUCGCCAUCACGGGAUGGCUGGCAUCCGGAAAAUACCGCACCUUCAGCGCCCCCUGGGCUGCCCUGGCCCGCAGCCGUGAGCAGUACUGCCUGGCCUGGGAGGCCAAGUACCUGAUGGAGCUCGGCAACGCCCUGGAGACCAUCCUCAGCGGCCUUGCCAACAUGGUGGCCCAGGAGGCCCUGAAGUACACGGUGCUGUCUGGCAUCGUGGCUGCCCUGACCUGGCCCGCCUCACUCCUCAGUGUCGCCAACAUCAUUGACAACCCCUGGGGCGUGUGCCUCCAUCGAUCGGCGGAGGUCGGCAAGCACCUGGCCCACAUUCUGCUCUCCCGACAGCAGGGCCGGCGGCCUGUCACCCUGAUCGGCUUCAGCCUGGGAGCCAGAGUCAUCUACUUCUGUCUGCAGGAGAUGGCUCAGGAGAAAGAUUGCCAAGGGAUCGUUGAGGACGUUGUCCUGCUGGGUGCACCUGUGGACGGAGAAGCCAAGCAGUGGGAGCCUUUCCGGAAGGUGGUUUCUGGAAGGAUCGUCAAUGGCUACUGCAGGGCGGACUGGCUGCUGAGCUUCGUCUACCGCACGUCCUCCGUGCGGCUCCGCGUGGCCGGCCUGCAGCCUGUGCUACUGCAGGACAGGAGGGUGGAGAAUGUGGACCUGUCCUCGGUGGUCAGUGGCCACUUGGACUACGCCAGGCAGAUGGACGCCAUCCUGCAGGCCGUGGGCAUCCGCACCAAGCCCAGCUGGGACGAAAAGGGGCUCUUGCUGGCCCCAGGCAGCCUGCCCCCAGAGGAAUCCCGCCAGGCGGCAGCCACCUUUUCAUCAGAUCAGACCACCAAUCAGGAUGGACAAACCCAGGGUCCCACGUCCAGAGACACCCCCAAAGCAGCCACACCCCCCGACCUCAGCCAAGCCGAAGUGCCAGCAGGACUGGACCAGUCUGAAGGGGCCUGCCUUCCUGCUGCUACCAGCCCUGCUGAGAGCCCCCCUCUCUGCAGCCACGGCCUGGGCUCCAACCCACUGGGCUGCCCUGACUGUGCCAGUGAGACCCAGGGGCCCUGCCCAGGGCUGGUCUGA